UGAUAGCGUUAGAUAAGUAACUUUUCAAACAACUCACACGAACGGCAUCGCAAUUUCUAGCUUCUCCAGCAGGGGUCAGUAGGUUCACGUUGGCGUCGAUUAAAUCUCCCGCAGAAGAAGAAGCGGACGGGAAGUAAAUAGGCUUCACGUGUGCUGCGGUGAUGUCCACCAGUCCGGGGAAUAAACGCUUCAAAGCGUCUUUUCCUCAGUCGGAGGUGAAAGUAGACUGGAAGAAAAGAAAAGCUGAACUUAAAGAAGCAGAUAAGAAGCGGAAAGAAGCCAAGGUGAUCAAACGGUUGGAAAAGCAGAAAGAACAAGAGGCUGAAGAACGAGCAAAACUCGAAGAGAGUCAGAGAACAAAAGGACGGGCCUACACCGUGAGCGUGGCGCUGCCUGGUUCCGUCCUGGACAACGCUCAGUCUGCAGAACUUCGCACGUACCUCGCCGGGCAGAUCGCUCGUGCUUGCGUGGUCUUCUCCGUCGACGAGAUUGUGGUGUUCGACGAACAAGGAGAGGACGUCCAGAGCGUUGAAGGGGAAUUCAAAGGUGUCGGAAAGAAAGGACACGCUUGCAUACAGCUGGCACGAGUCCUGCAGUACCUGGAAUGUCCACAGUACCUCCGCAAGUCUUUUUUCCCGAUGCACAAAGACCUUCAGUAUGCAGGGCUGUGCAACCCGCUGGACAGUCCUCACCACAUGAGGAUGGACGAGCAGUCGGAUUACAGAGAGGGAGUCGUCGUGGAUCGACCGACCAAAAGUGGAAAAGGCUCAUUUGUCAACUGCGGGAUGAGGAAGGAAGUCCGGAUCGAUAAGCAGCUGCAGGCUGGGCUGAGAGUCACCGUGCAGCUGAACAAGCAGCAGAACACAGACAGCAAAGUCUUCAAAGGAGUGGUGGUGGCUCCUCACGUGCCGAGGAGUCGAGGAGGUCUCUACUGGGGCUACAGCGUCCGCCUGGCCUCGUGCCUCAGUGCCGUUUUCUCAGAGAGUCCGUAUGAGGAGGGCUACGAUCUGACUGUUGGGACCUCAGAGAAGGGCAGCAACGUGGACCAGAGUCAGCUCUCUCCCUUCAAGCAUCUUCUGGUGGUGUUUGGGGGUCUGCGAGGUUUGGAGGCCAGCGUUGACGCGGACCAGAACCUGGAUGUGACAGACCCGAGUGUCUUGUUUGACCUUUACCUCAAUACAUGUCCGGGUCAGGGCAGCAGAACCAUCCGCACGGAGGAGGCCAUACUGAUCUCCAUGGCUGCGCUGAGACGCAAAAUCACAGAUGUAUUUUCACAUUCUUGAAGACUGACUGUGACUUUCCUGUUAACGUUUUGUAAAUAGUGUUUUUACAAUGUCAACGUGUCAAGCUCCUCUUGUGAAACACGACGCAACCAUGUCACCUGCUGGUCAAUA